ACGCCGUGUCCCUAUAAAAGAUCUCGCACAGCGAAAACGGACCUCUCUCUACAAUAGUCAACAUUGCCGACACCACAUCAACAUAAUGGUUUUUAGGGUCUAUCUACUCGCUGUCAAGGCCCCCGGCAUAUCACUCGAGGAAUUCAAGGAGCAAUGGGACGUUCACCACCUCAACCUGCUGAAAGAGAUUGCCGGCGAUGCCUACCCUCAAACGCACUGCCACCACUAUCCGAAACAGCCAAAGGCCCGAAGGACGCCAAGUACGAUGGUAUCGGAUAUCCGGAGUUCAAAGACAAGGCGGCAUUCUUGAAUCUCAG